AUGGAUCUGCCUUACUACCACGGCCCUCUGACCAAGCAAGACUGUGAGAAAGUGCUGCUGAAGGAAGGAGUGGAUGGCAACUUUCUGUUAAGAGACAGCGAGUCUGUGUCCGGAGUCCUGUGCCUCUGUGUCUCGUUUAGAAAUGUUGUCUACACAUAUCGAAUCUUCAAAGAUAAACAUGGAGACUACAGCGUACAGACUGCUGAAGGUGAAAAAAAAAAUAGCUAUUCAAGCCUCAAGGAAUUGGUCUCCCAAUAUGAAAAACCAAACCAAGGGCUGGUGAUUCACCUUAUAAAGCCAAUAAAGAGAACCAGCCCCUGCCUGAGAUGGAGAAGAUCAAAGUUAGAGUUGGAAGAGCCAUAUGAGAACAAAAGCGAGGUUUAUGUGAACAGCAGCAGCAAUUACGUGAACAGUAGCACUGUGUACGGGAAGAGCGGCAGCAUCUACGCGAAGAGGGGCAAUGUCUAUGCCAACUGCGGCAGCAGCAGCGCCCCCAGUGCGGACAGCGCCCAAGGCGCCCAAAGCGCCCAAAGCAGCAGUGAAGACGUGUACAGCAACAAUGACUAUGUGCAGGUGUUGCCUUAA